CAGGGCCCUCACAGCAUCAGCCUAGGGGCCAGGGGCGGCCCCCGGGCCACAUGUUGGACACCCCUGCUUUAGAAGGCCGUCAUGGUUUCACUCUGGCGUCUUUUUCACGUUGCUUUAAUGAAACGUUCCUGUAGGGGUGCACAUACUUUUCCACUGCUUGGACGUUCUAACGGAGAACACGGAGGGUUCUUCCUGGCUGGACUUUGUCCGGGAGCCGCAGCGGUAGUUAGUCAUUUCUGGGUCCGGGUGUCCACCGGGUUCUGAGCGCCGCAGCGGCUCCGGUAAACAUUAACCGGAGCAGACUUUGGAUCCGGGUCCUGUCAGACAUCUGCAGCAGGAGCCUCUGAUCACACAGUACAGUAGGAGCAGCCUGCUGGCGGGCCUACUGGACCAGAACCGCCCCCUGUCCAGGUCUCCCCCAUGCAGGACAGGCAUUGGUACCGCAGGAGGAGGUGUGUGAGCAAGCCCCGCCUCCCCGGGCCAGCGAAGCCAUGACGGCGGUGACAUCAGCAGACGGUAUAAGAGGCGUGCGGCGGGUUCUGGGGGAAGCCAGCCGGCGCCGAGCGAGGUCCGACAUCCGUUGCUGUUGUCCUGGGAGACGCCUCUGAGCUGGAGAACAUGCUGUUCUGCCACCCGCAGCCCGAGCCCUACCACCAGCACUCCAGCAGCUACAUCAGGGAGGCCCUGGCGCCGUUCCUGAAGAACGAGGAGGCCCGGCUGCGGGCCGAGAGCGGCGGGAAGCGGCCUCCCUUCCAGUACGUCCUGUGCGCCGCCACGUCGCCCGCCGUCAAGCAGCAGGAGGAGACGCUGUCCUACCUGAACCAAGGUCAGUCCUACGAACUGCGCGUGCUCAGCAGGAAGCUGGCCGAGUGCUCAGGUGUCAGCAGGUGUGUGAAGAGCAUCGUCCGCAUCGUGUUCCAUGACCGGCGCCUGCAGUACAUGGAACACCAGCAGCUGGAGGGAUGGAGGUGGAACCGACCCGGAGACCGCAUCUUGGAUAUCGAUAUCCCGCUCUCGGUGGGGAUCAUAGAACCUCGCUCAGACCCUCUACACCUCAACACCAUCGAGUUCCUCUGGGACCCGCUGAAGAACGCCUCAGUCUUUAUCCAGGUGAACUGCAUCAGCACCGAGUUCACCGCCAGGAAGCAUGGCGGCGAGAAGGGCGUGCCGUUCCGCAUCCAGGUGGACACCUUUACCUCCAACGAACACGGGGAGCACCUGGAGCACGUCCAUUCUGCCAGCUGUCAGGUCAAGGUCUUCAAGCCCAAAGGAGCAGAUCGCAAACUGAAGACAGACCGGGAGAAGAUGGAGAAGAAGACACCUGAGGACCGGGAGAAGUACCAGCCGUCCCAUGAGACCACGCUGCUGAAGGAGUGCUCCCCGUGGCCCGACACCUUCAGCCUGAGCAACCAGAGCACCAGCAGCACUCCUUCGCCCGUCUACCACAGCUCACCAACACCCUGCUCCUUCACUGAGGGCAACUGUUCUCCAAACCGGCACGCGGAGGUGUUCAUGCCUGGCUGCUCGGAUCAUCUCCUGCCGUCGUCCUCGCCGCAGGACACUCAGCAGUGGCUGCACCGUCACAGGUUCUCGCCUUUCUCUAGGCUCUUCUCCAGCUUCUCAGGAGCUGAUCUCUUGAGGAUGAGCCGGGAGGACCUGAUCCAGAUCUGUGGUCCAGCGGACGGCAUCCGUCUCUUUAACACGAUGAAGGGAAGGAGCAUCCAGCCCCGCCUCACCCUCUACGUGUGUCAGCAGCAGACCAGAACCCAAGCUGCCCUGAAACCCGGCGCUGGAGACGUCUACCACGCUCUGUACCUGGAGGAGCGGACACUGGUGGACCUGUCUGAGAAGAUCGCUGGGCUCUACAACAUCACUCCACAGCAGAUCUCACAGAUCUACCAACAGAAACCCACAGGAAUCCACAUCCUGGUCUCUGACGAGAUGGUGCAGAACUUGGGAGAAGAAGCCAGUUUUCUCAUCAGCACCAUCAGAGAUGAAAACUCUGAUGGCUUCCAUGUUGUGCUGAAAUGAGCAGCGGGAGGCUCCAGCGCUGGAACGUGUACAGACUGUAAAUACGUGGAAGUCAUGGUGAAAUUCAGGAAACGCUUCCGUCAUUUUCUGUUGAGUUGUUCUGGUUGGUGUUACUGAUUUCCUCUUUAAUCAACAGCCUCUUCAUCCUCACAUCUUCACAUUAUGUUGGUUCUCAUUAAUGAACCGAGCCCAGAACUGUUUGUGUCAAAUAUGGAGGCGCUCCUGUUUUCAUCUGCUUUUGACCUCUAAUCAAAUAUUCUGUUUAUAUUUUACUUUGUUGUGUAUAUAUGUAGAAAUAUGAUUAUUUAAUUUUGCUGCAUCAUUUAAUCCCAAAACAGAGUAAAGAAACUGUGAAUAGCUCCCUGAAGCAGAUGUUUAAAUCUAAGUGAUUAUGAUUAAAUGAGGUUUUCAUUCAAAAAUAUAAUAAACGUAUUUUGCUUAUGUCAGAAAACAAAAGAAUUUACUUUCAAAAUAAAAUAAUUU